UAACAAGAUCUAUAUGACAAAAAAUGGUGUAGAGGAUGAAGCUCGUUAAUGGAACAAAAGGUAGAAAGCGUCGAAAAAACGCAAAAAGUUUCAAAAGGCAUGAUUUACAAAGCUAAUUAAUUCAGUUUCUAUUCAAUUUAAAGCAUAUUCAAUUUAAAAUCCAGUUUUUUGUUUAUUCAGCUGCAUUCCUUAAAUUCAAAAACAAUUAAGAGGAAAAAAUGUUCGUAUUUAAGUGAUAUUCCCAAACAUUAAGUCCACACAAAUUCUUUUCAAAAUCAAUAUCUAUACCGGCGUAGAGUUUAGUGUGAUUAUGUUAACCAUUCGCAAAUUAACUUGCAUCCUUGUUACUGUUGCAUAUGUCAAGGCAUUUGAUUUGGGAUUUUUGAAAAGUGCAUUUGAACAAGCUAUGGGAUCUGCAAUGGGUACUUUCAUAGAUUGUAUAACGUUACAAUAUUGUGACUGUGAAGUGCUUGAAGAAGAAAAAAUAUGUUGGGAAAUGAUUCCUCAAAAUGCUAUUAGCUUUCUUAGAGACACGGUGAUUGCGGAAGUUGAAUUCGAAGGAGAAGAACCUGAAUGGCCUGACUGUAAAGAGGGAAAUUUCAAUGAAUGCUUUUUGCCUUUUAUGUGUUCGGAGAAGGAGAAAUUC